CAAACCACUAUCCAAAAACAUCAUCUGCAAAACCCCAUUAAAACAGUUUAACAACACACAAACACAAAUUCCUUCCCUUUUUCUCUUUCUUCUCUCUGAAAAAGAAAAAAGAAAAAAAAAAAAUCACUCCCACAAUUCACUGAAUAUUUUGUUCUCAAGAUUUUUCACCAUCCACCCAUCAAUGGAAUCCCCUUUCUAUAUCUCAUCCAUGGCCCAGUUGGACCAAACCAAAAUUUCCCCCCAACAAAUUCCUAAUUCAAUCAGAGAAAAAAUGGCUAAAUUUCUCCUCUCUCUCUCAACUUCCCACGAUCGCCCUAUCAUUUGGCCUUUCUUUGCCUUCUUUCUUAGUUGUCUUCUAGGUUAAGAUUUAACCAAAAACCCUCUAUUCUUUUCUCCGCCAUUGUUUUUCCUUCUUUCUCCGCAUUCUCUUUUCUGGGUCUUCUCUUUUUUCUGCCAUCGUUUCGAUUUUCUCUUUGAAUCGGAUGAAGAAAGCUCGAAAAGGGUUGGCUGUGGAUUCAGAGGCGUGUGCUCUGUUCGAGACCUCGAUGAUUGGGGUCAAGCAUCAAAGUCUCUUGCAGGAUUAUGAGGAGCUGCGUAAUGAAACAGAAGCCAUGAAGGAGAAACUGCUGAUUGCGAAGCGGAAAAAAUUGACCCUUUUAGCUGAAGUUCGAUUCUUGAGGCAUAGAUAUGAAUUAUUGAAGAACCGGCCUGCAAACACCCAACCAAAGGUUGCUUUCGAGCUGCCAUGGGACCUUGAAAUUGGACCUCCCAUCACGAAGAAAAUAAAGAGUUCUCGAAAAGGAGAAGCUUCUUUGAAACCUCUUGCUCGGGCUCAUGACUUAAACCAAAGGGGAGGAAUCUACAAUGGGAUGGAAGCCCCUUCUCGAAAAUCUCAGUCGUUUUUCAAUAUAAACCAGAAGUCAAGGAUGUGCAGCAAGAAAGAAGUCACUAUACCCCAUUCUGUUCCUAUUUUUGAUCAGAAAGAGAGAGUAUAUAGAGUACAUGAACCUACUACCAGCAGGAACAUGACCCCGGUUUUCGACCUUAACCAGAUCUCGAGGGAGGAAGAAGAACUGCAAGCUGGUUUCGAACCAUUGAGAAUGGAAGAUGAGUCGAAGAAUAUGUUUUCAAGAAGCGAGCACGAUGCAAAGAACAGUGACUUGGUGUUAUCAUCAAUGUGUAGGAAUGAUGGCAAUGGAUCAAACGGAGCGGGAAAAAGGAAGAUCUCAUGGCAAGAUCAAGUGGCCUUGAGAGCAUGAAGUUUUCUCUUAUUGAAAGAACCAUUCAAAAUCUUCAUUUGCAUAGGUGGGAAAACUGAGAUUCCUUGAAAUUCCAUUAUUUUUAUUAUUAUUGUUAUUAUUAUUUUAUAGUUCACACGAGAAAA